AGCAGACCCGACAGUUUCCAUUUGGAAGCAAUUAAACCCUAAACCCUUGCUUGCGCUGUUCUGGUUCCUUCUCCGAUCGUCAAUGGCUUCCGCGUGCAGCAGAAUCGCGCAACGAACAUCAAUUUCGUCCAUAAGAUCGGCAAUCAAAUCCAACAUUCGCACUUCUUCAUUCUCCAAACCAGCUUCCUCCUCUUCUCCUCUUCGCCCAUCCUUGUUAACCAGGAUUUCGCCGGAACUGAGAUGCGCGCAGUCGAUGUUGCCGCUGCACAGCGCGGUGGCGGCGGCGAGAAUGACGUCGUGCCUGAGCGUAACUUCCAGAAGCUGCCGAGCGCUUUCUCAGGAGCUCGGUCUAUCAGUCCCGAGGUGACCUGCUAGAAGAGAAAUUGAAGAAAGCAUUGUGUUUGUAAGGUUGGAAUUAUGAUUGUUGUUACAUAACGCAGAAAGCUGCUAUACUCACUGUAAUUCUUUCUGGCCGAGAAAGUGAUUUUUUUUGCUGAAUAAAAGAUAUUCGUCCUGAUUUAUACAUUCAUUUACAGACAUUAUUAGAACUA